UUGCAUUGAAAGUGAUUGAAUUGUCACUGAUUGGUAAGCAAUGAACAUAAGUAUAACAGAUAUCUGCGAAAACACCAAAAUGGGUCGUGAGUUCGCUCUCCUCGGCAACUAUGAGACCGCUCUCGUCUACUAUCAGGGAGUCGUCCAACAGAUCCAUCGACUCUUGCAGACCAUCAGCGACGCCAACCGCAAAGAACGGUGGCAGGAGAUCCAACAACAAAUAGCACAGGAAUACGAAUACGUGAAAGACAUUCAGACAAAACUGUUGGGUUUUAAGGGCGAUCACCACAACACGCGUCCCAUUAACGCCAGACAAUCGCCACAGUUUGGCGGUCUAAACGAUGACCCGAAUAACGAUCCCGACUAUUGGCCGCCCACUUCUCCUCGAGAGCCCGAUGUAUGGCCGCCGCCAACGCCUGUGGAGCACAAACCCGGACCAGCCGUCAAACAAAGACAGGGCAGACGUGAGAGCUAUUCGUUGGGCAACAAAAGCGGUCGCGAA